CGGGGAUUGAGGAGAGCAGGCGGGAGCCGUCGGAGGAGGCCUUAAAGGGGUCGAGCGAAAGAGGGGAAGGGGAGCACAAAUCCAGCCCCAGGCAUGAUCCGAAUUCACAUUCUGGAUGGAAAGGCAUUUGUAUGGAAUUAUGUUGAUGCACGGCGGGCCCGAGAGGAGCAUCGCAUUGUUGGCACAUUGGUUGGGGCAUUGGCUCGGAAGCCACGACAGAAUGUAAGGUUGGGGCUUCCUCUGCAGUUGCUCCCGGAAGAAGCCCGACUGCUGCUGGACAAAGGCUUGGCAACCUUGUGUAAAAAUACAGCAUCCCCACCCCCUGGGGAGGAUACAAGAGAGGAUCCCUUAUCCCAGCAGAAGGUGACUGCUUACCAAAAAGGGCUGGAGGAGAACUAUCAGGAGCAGGUACGCCUUGCUGCUGAACAGAGGAAGAUCUUAUUGGAUACUCUUGCAGAACGUAUAGCCCAGGGCCGGGCAAAAAAGAGGCAACGGGAAGGUGAAGGAGAGCCUCCCUCCAAGCUUGGAGAGGUGGAGCCCAGUUUUGUGCUUCCUCGAGACUCAAUGAUGAUCCAACUCCCAACAGAACGUGUUUACCCAUGCCAAGAAGAGGUGGUGGUGGAUUGGCAUGUACCCUCCAAAGACUGGCCUUACACUGGACAACCAGACCACGAGAUGCGUUAUUGCAUUUUCCGGAGCCUCUGGGGAAAGGGCUUCUACAUCACUAGUGGGAGCAAAUUUGGGGGUGACUUCCUUGUUUAUCCAGGUGAUCCCAUGCGUUUCCAUGCCCAUUACAUAGCCCUCUGUGUCUCUCAAGAUACCCCUCUCUCCUUAUGUGACAUCAUCAGUGCAGGGCGCCUUGGCACUAAUGUCAAGAAGACAGUUCUAAUCUGUUCAGCAGGCAAGGAUGGGACUGCAACAUAUACAUCUUUGCAAUGGACUGGGAUGCAGUAAGAGCAAGCAGAUGCGGUUGUCACUGUGAAAGAACUAUGAUUGCCUCUCAUAAGACUUUUGCCUUGUUCACAUCUGACAUGUAGGCAGGUGAGGUAAGUGGGUUGAAUGCAGACCCAACCCCAUUUUUGUAGCCCUCAGGUUACUUCCAAGAUAAUUUUUAAUAAAUUCAAGGACUGUGACCUCCA